GGGGCACCCGGCAACCAACCACUCCAUCGAUCCAACAACCGAAAACACUUCAUCUCACAACCAUCAUCAACACCAUCAUCAGCCUACAUAUAAAUCGCACAAGAUCACCAAGAAGGAUAAUACAAGAUGUCCACCGCCUCUCGAAGACGAUUGAUUCGGGACUUCAAGCGACUUUCCUCGGACCCUCCAGGUGGGAUCAGUGGUGCACCAUGUCCUGAUAACAUCAUGAUCUGGAACGCCGUCAUCUUUGGCCCUGCCGAUACGCCAUUCGAAGAUGGAACCUUUCGAUUGAUCUUGACAUUUGAUGAAUCUUACCCAAACAAGCCCCCGACGGUGAAAUUCCUCUCGAAAAUGUUUCAUCCUAACGUAUAUGCAAAUGGAGAGCUUUGUCUGGACAUCUUGCAAAACCGUUGGUCCCCAACUUACGAUGUGGCCGCCAUUUUGACUUCCGUGCAAUCUUUACUGCAUGAUCCAAAUCCUAACUCACCUGCCAAUGCAGAAGCUGCUAAUCUGUACAGGGAUAACAUGAAGGACUAUAUCAAGAAAGUCCGGGCUACCGUCGAGGCCAGCUGGAUCGACGAAGGGACUAUUCCAGGAACUGCGAAUGCUUCUUCUACAACCUCUUGAUUCUCGUCCAGUCCUUGUCAAGUUUGUUUUACCCCCUCUUUGGUUGUUGUUGAUGUUAUCGGUGAAGGAUGUCUGUUUUAGCAACCGAUCAGGAGACUUGAACUUAUGUAUACACCCCUCAAGUCAAGAUCUGCACAUAAGUGGGAUAAAAAUUUAUACACACAGCCAUCCGCCACCCAAUCCUCUCCCUUCCUUCUUAACUCCUGCUUCAAGUUCCACUGUGUUUAAAAUCUCUCUUCCUGUGUGACAGAUGUAAUCUUAAACCUCCCCAUGUUUCUUUACAUCAGUUGUUCUCAUUAAAUGAAUGCCCAAGUGAAUAGCCAAUCAACAAGAAAACUGUGAUACCGCCCUCUUUCUUUUUGAUUGAUACAUAUGUAAACAUGCAUGUAAAUCAAUCUAAUCAUAAUUUGAGGAGGUCAAUUCCAAACUUGGUGUCAAAAGUGAAAGGCAGACUUUGAAAAUUGAUGUAACCUUUGCCAAC